UUAAAAAAACCAAAACAUCCGGCGGAAGUUGGGAGGUUUUUCUUUCAACUUCCAAGAUGGCGGCGCCCGGGAGCGUGGAGGAGAUGCGGAGCCGAGUGGUUUUGGGCGAAUUUGGAGUCCGCAACGUCCACACAACAGACUUUCCCGGGAAUUAUUCUGGAUAUGAUGAUGCCUGGGAUAGAACAAAGUUUGAAAAGAAUUUCAGAGUAGAUGUCAUCAGCAUGGACGAAAGCACGCUGGAGUUUGACAUGGUGGGGAUUGAUGCAGCAAUUGCUAAUGCUUUCCGACGCAUCUUGCUUGCUGAGGUGCCAACCAUGGCUGUUGAGAAGGUAUUUGUAUAUAAUAACACCUCCAUAGUUCAGGAUGAAAUUCUGGCUCAUCGUUUAGGACUGAUCCCUAUCUGUGCAGAUCCUCGUCUCUUUGAAUAUAAAAGUGAAGAGGAUGAAUGUGAUGAAAUCAACACUCUGCAAUUCCAGCUGAAAAUAAAAUGCAGUAGGAACCCCGAGGCACCUAAGGAAUCAUCUGAUCCAAAUGAACUCUAUAUUAAUCACAAAGUUUACAGCAAGCACAUGGAAUGGGUGCCACUGGGGUCUCAGGCGGACAACAUGAAUGCUGGCUUCCGUCCUGUGCAUGAUGACAUCCUCAUAGCUCAGCUGCGGCCUGGCCAAGAGAUUGAUGUCCUUAUGCACUGUGUGAAGGGCAUUGGUAAAGACCAUGCAAAGUUUUCUCCGGUGGCCACAGCCAGCUACCGCCUGUUACCAGAUAUUACUCUGUUGAAACCUGUUGAAGGGGAAACAGCUGAGAAAUUAAAGAAGUGCUUUUCAUCUGGGGUUAUUGAAGUUGAGGAAAUAAAAGGGAAAAAAGUGGCAAGAGUGGCUAAUGCUCGAUUGGACACAUUUAGUAGAGAAAUUUUUCGUCAUGACGACUUGAAAAACCUUGUGCGUUUGGCUCGAGUACGAGAUCAUUACAUUUUUUCCGUAGAGUCAACAGGAGUCUUACCUCCAGAUGUAUUGGUGAGUGAAGCAAUUAAGAUAUUGAUUGGUAAAUGUCAGCAUUUUUUAGAGGAGCUGAAGUCCAUUCAGAAGAAAUAACUUUAAGGACACAAAACUCGUGCGGAAGAGUCUUCGCUGAACAUUCUAUAGCUGUAUUUUGAGAAGGAACUCCAAUCAAGUCUUUACCAGCUAGUACAUCUACAGGGGGUGUGAAAAACUGAGACCCAUUCCACCUGUACUUACUACUACUUGGCAGUUGAUGGCUGAAAUGCAACACCAUCGUGGAACAUUUUGCAAAGACCAAAAUGUAUUCAUUUGGAAAUUUUAUAAUUUGACAAAUAUCCCACACAACAUGAAAAGAUUGUUAGGAAAUUGAGGCAUAAGCUGCUAAUAAUAAACUCCUGUCUAUCUA